GGCAGUUCAGCCUGGAGAAGACUAAGGAGGGAACCUCAUUAACACAAGUAUUUAAAAGUGUAUUGAAAUCCCAGAGUCCACUGCAGCAAGAAAGAGCUGCCAGCAAAAACUCCUCUGCACGUCUCGCUGCUUCAGGCUAAGAAGGUGAUCAAAGUAAAGGGCGGGAUGUCGGAGCUGAGUGACGAAGCCAGUGAGUCCGAGCUGCUGAGCCGAAGUCUCUCCAUGUGGCACGGGGUGGGUCAGAUGAUCUGCAGGGAGGAGCUGGACGUUCCACUGGACUUGCACACAGCGUCCUCUGUCGGCCAGUAUGAAGUGGUGCAGGAGUGUAUUCAGCGUGGAGAUCUGGAUUUAAAUAAGAGGAACUGUGGUGGCUGGACUCCACUGAUGUAUGCCUCCUACAUUGGCCACGACACCAUCGUGCACCUGCUGCUGGAAGCAGGGGUGAAUGUGAACAUCCCAACCCCAGAAGGGCAGACACCACUCAUGUUGGCCUCCAGCUGUGGAAAUGAAAGUGUUGCUUACUUUCUUCUACAGCAAGGUGCAGAGCUGGAGAUGAAGGACAUUCAUGGCUGGACUGCCUUGUUUCACUGCACCAGCGCUGGACACCAGCAGAUGGUCAAGUUCUUACUGGACAAUGGGGCAAACGCCAACUGCAAGGAGCCUGUGUAUGGAUAUACACCUUUGAUGGAAGCAGCUGCCUCUGGCCAUGAGAUAAUUGUUCAAUACCUUCUCAAUCAUGGAGUGAAGGCAGAUGUCAGAGAUAACACUGGAGCCACAGCACGGACACUGGCCAUGAAGUAUGGACACACAAAGAUUGUGGGGCUGAUAGAUUUGCAUGCAGCUCCAGUGCCCAAGGUCUUCUGCAGGGGUCCAGGAAAAUACGAAGAGCUGAGUUCCUCAGAUGAAUCAAGUUCUGCUCCCCAAAGACAGAGACCUGUUCGUAGGACCAAGGGUCCCAGCAUCCACGAUGGGCCCCAGGCUUUGGCUAAAAUAACAGCAGUUGGAAUUGGGGGCAAGAAGCAAUCUCGCUAUGAGCAGGUCCCUCCUCAGGGCUACGUUACCUUCAACGACGAUGGCAGCUGUGACACGGGAGACAUCCGGAACCGGGACGUCACCUCUCCAAUUAACGAGCAGGAUGUGGAGAGCAGCAGCAGCAGGGAGGAUAACAUUUGCUUCACCAACAACUUAGCAACCAUCAGGAGCAGCAGCAGCAGCAGUGAAUGCCUGACCAAAGCCCCAGGAGUCAGCAGUGAAGGCUCUUUGGAAAGCAAUGAGGAUUCUGACCAUGCAAACAGCCCCCCUGGUCGGAAACCAGCCAAGAACAAGAUGAAGAACCGCUACAGCAACAGUGAUAACCAGUGGAGCCACUGCCCAGGGAAAGCUGGGGGCUCUGGUCAGCACCCUGCCCUUCCUGAGCCCCCUGCAUACACAGGGCCCCAGGACCUGGCAACGUUCCUUGAGCAGAUUGGCUGCCUGAAGUACCUGCAAGUGUUUGAGGAGCAGGACGUUGACCUCCGGAUCUUCCUGACCCUCACUGAGAGUGAUCUGAAGGAAAUAGGCAUCACCCUGUUUGGACCCAAGAGGAAGAUGACCUCUGCCAUUGCACGCUGGCACAGCGGCGCCCGGCCGCCCAGCGAUGCCCUGGAGUUGGCCUACGCUGAUCGCCUGGAGGCCGAGAUGCAGGAGCUGGCCAUUCAGCUGCACAAGAGGUGUGAGGAGGUGGAGGUGAUGAAGGGCCAGGUGUGCCAGGAGCAGAAGCUGCGUGCAGUGGCCGAGAGCUGUUUGAUGGAGCGGGAUGAGACCUGGAAUGCCAUCCAGUGCCAACUCAGAGAGGUUCAGGCCAUCACCAAGGAUGCUGGAGUCCUGCUGGAUCAGAUCAAGUGCUGCCAGGCUGAGCUGUCCUCUCGCUUGGGCCCCGGAGCGCGGGACGCGACGGAGCUGCCGGGCAGCGGGGAGAGCAGGCGGCCUGGAGAGCCCCCGGUGCUGGAAGGAUGGCCACCUUCCCUGAAGGCUCUGAGCCUGCCUGAGCUGUCAGCUGUGCUAGAGGAGUGCGUGGGAGAAAUGGGAAAAGCUCUGCAGACUGUGACUCAAAACCUCCACAGGCUCCAAGCCCCAGGACAGAGCUGGCUAGAGCCAUAACAGAGCAGAGGGAGUCCUGACGUCGGGUGACUGUUCCACCCGGAAGCUGAGUGUGCCUGGGAGAAGGAGCGCGAGGCAUCUGCCAGAUGCCACAGCAGCCUGGAUGUGUGUGAGGAGAGAGCUCUCACCCAUCAGAGAACGUGCCUGGGAGAAGGAGGGAUGGAAGAGGACCACAACCCAGCAGCUCUUUGGGCCUGACUGUUGUCUGGGUUCCCAGAAUCAUUGGUGUUUGGACCAAGGGGUUGAGAGGAGAAGCACCGAGCCCAGAUGCUACAUGUGCCUUAGAUGUCCUGCAGCCCUCAUCACUCAGGGUUGUGUGGUGGUACAAAGGUAGCAGUUACCCACAGCAACCACUUAGUUAUCCUUUUCUGCAUCCCAUCCUCCCUGAGGCCUCUGAAACUUGCCCUGUGCAUUGGCACAAAACCCAGAUCUUGGCCCAGACUGAGGGAACACAUCUGAGGCAUUAAGGAGGGUGGGUCUGUGCAGGGGCAAAGUGAGCAGAGUUUGUACCUAGGUGGGGUGUCUGUCCUCCUACCAUCCUAGGUAUGGGCUUCAGAACCCCCCUCCAGCCAGCCCACCCUGCUUUGCCCCACGUUCUUGCCCUCCUCAGGAGUUGUGAUCAUACUACUCAGUCCCAAAGAACUUGGUUGUGUGAGAAGUGCUUUAUGGCAGAGACUGUUGGUCUGGUUUGUCGGUGCCAAGAUCCCAACACUGCCAGUGGCUGCAAGGCAGCUGUUCCUCUGCAAGGACAUGAGAGGGAACAAAAAGCUUGAGGCCACUCCUGUGCCCCUGAGCAGCAGCAGGUGCCCAGGCAGGAUGAGAGCUGAGGGAGAUCCAUCCCCCAUGAGAGAUGGCCAAAAGGAAUCCCCUCCCAGCUGCACAGAAAAGGGGCUGCAGGAGCCCAGCUGUAGAGACUGAAAGAGGUGCUAGAGUAGCCCAAGGGGCAGAGCAGGCAGGGGCCUUUCCAUGCUCUUGUUUCCCUGAGGAGGAAAUCCCUUACAUGCAGGACUUAUCCCAGCUCUGGUUGCUGGAGGGGUGGCUGUGCAGGCAGGAGGGAGCCUGCUGCUAGCCUAAGGCAAGCUGGCCCACUGCCACAGUAUUUGCUGCCUUCAAUACAAUAAUAAAACCUGACAACGUGCUUCUGCUGUGUGGGGCUCUGUGGAGGGAGCUGGGCUUACAGAGCCACAACCCACCUCCCUCAUUUUGGGAUAACAGGGACCAGCCAGGGCCUGUUCCAGUGGUCACCUACCCUGGGGCUGGGGGCUGCCCCACAAGACACCACUCUGGGAUUCAUUGUGCUGCUUUCCUCCCUGUAAUCCAAGGGAGGGAACAGAGUGCUCCCUGGGGCAGGGGCUGCUCUGUGCCCUGUCCCAGGUGAGCGUGUGUGUGGGACCAAGUGAGGUGGGUGCCCUGUGAGGUGCAGCCUGAGCUGGUUCCCUCAGAGCAGACACGAGCAGCAGGCUCUGCUUGCUGAAAAAUAAACGUUUAUUUACACCUGAAAA